AUGUUAAGCUCGUCUGCUCGGUUGAUAGUUGUUCCAAUUUCUAGAGCAAACUUGUGCCUGCCAAUACGACGGAUGACUACAUCCACCGACAAACUCACUAUGCGAAACCAAGAUCAUGCCAUGAAAAUUGCAAAUCGUCUCACCAUCAUAGAACAAAGGAUGUUGAGCUCAGCACUAGACGAUUGUUUGGCAAGAACAGAGGAAGACGUCACCGAAGUGCAAGUGAGAGCUAUUUUCCUUGUAAAUUUUAUCUCUUUCAUCGGAUUCGGAUUCUCGACAAUGUGGUAAUGAUCCUCGCUGGCGAGUAUAUCGAUCAGAAUCUUGGUGUCUUUCUGACUAUUUCGACUAUGGCAGCUGCUGCACUCGGGAACCUUAUCUCCGAUAUUGCUGCUGUUGGGCUUGCACAUUACGUGGAGGCCGGUGCACAAAGAGUUGGCAUCAAGCAUCCUGUUUUGACCGCUGCGCAGUUGGAUAGUGGGAAAAGAUUAGUGAACAAAAGAUUACCCCUCGGUAUUCAAAAACGAGCCUACUGGAACUUUCGAGAAGACUUUUUCUUCGGGAUUUGUGCAAUUGUGCUCAAUUUUGAAAAAGAUAUUUGAGU